CCAAAUCAAUUUCAAGAAACAAACUCAAAAAAUUCAAUUAGAGAGAUAUGGCAAGCAUGACGUCUGCUCUUAGUAGAGUUUUUGUUAGUGGAGCAUUCAGACCUUUCCAGCGGACAACUAAUCGUCACCUAGCAACGGCAUUUAAAGAUGAGGCUCAAAACUCAGUACGAAAGGGUGCAGACGCAAUGAAGCAAGGGGCUGAUGCCGCCAAGAGAGCCAGUCAAGAAGUUAAAAACGAGACUGCCUCGGCUGCUGACGAGGCAAUAAGCAGGACGAAAGCAAUGGGAGAUAAGGUGGCAGACACAGCACAAGACGUGGCUGGAAAAGCAAAACACACAGCUCAACAAACAUGGGAUUCAGUUAAGGAAACCACACAAAAAAUGAAAGAUACAGUGAAGGGAAAUGCUGAAGAAUCCACAGAGAUUAUAAAGGAAAAUGUUAAUAAGAGCAUGAACACCAAAAACUGAGUUAAACUCUCACUUUUCAAUACACAGAGAGACAUUAUCUCUUUCUAAUAUUUUCUUCCUUUUUCUGAUGUUUGAAAAAAUUAAGAUUUGUUUUUUCUUUAAUUUUCAGUUAGCUGAAACCGUAGACAGAUCAGAGUUUGCGAGUUUGAUGUAUUCGUGUAGUUGGAGAUAUAUGACUCCUCUAUGUUUGUUUCCUUGAGUAUAUGGUAAAUAUAGAUUGAUUAAUUAUUGCA